CAUAAAAAUUUGAAAAUUUUUACUAAUAAACGUUUUUGGUUAUUUAUAAGUUUACAAGCUAGUAAAAUAAGUGUAGUAAACUUGAAACACCUAUAUGACAAUAUAAAAAAUCACUUAGAAAUUAUGUACUUAGGCAUUUACAAGUACCAAAGGAUCAUUUAUCAAAUGGCUUUUAAAGGCUCAGAACUUGUUGGUAAAAGAGAGCCUGGUACUAACGAUUCAUUGCAUAUUUCUAUCAAUGGAUAGUGAAAACCUACAGCAAAAUGCAAUUGGUUUUAGGCUUCGUAGAGCCACAUAUGAAUUUCUCCUAUUAAAUGGUCGGCUGGUUUCAUCCGUGUAAUUUUGUCAACUUAUGCUUCCUCUAAGGCAAUUUUCCAAUUGCGACACCUAUUGCAUAUAUUGCCGAUUGCACAAUACGCAACAGGUGCUCAUGUGAUGGGAAGUAAAUUCAGCGACAUGUUUCAUUUUGAAUACAUAUAGUUUUUACGAAAUUUAUGUUCGCAAACUUCGCAGUUCUUUUGCCGAUCCAUCGAGGUACAGGAGCCUGUUUCCGGGCUUUUUUCGUCUCAACAACCGAUCAACGUUUUAUGGGAAAAGCAGCGGAAUAAUUGACUUCAAUUAGUUCUUCUCGACUACCUCCGGACUGAUCAACUCGCACUUUCAUUGAUACCUAGUGUUAUUAGAUUUGCGUCUUUUCAAGGAUAGCAAAGUUUCGCGUAUGUUGCAUUUAAACAAUGUCCGUCGAUGAGUAAUUAUUCGUGGUUUGAGACUUCAAAAAGUGGUAGAUUUAGCGACAAGCUGAACUUUACUAAAUGAAGCUUUCUUCGUUAACUAGUGUAAUAAAAGAGCGCGUACAAUCGACAAUUGAACCAGUUUUGCGAUCAUUAAAACAAUAUGAAGAUCGUUUUCGUUUUGCAGGUCUGUUUGAUAAUUCAUCAAAAUAAGGCCGAUAGUUCAUUAUAUGGAUUUGGGGUUGCUAAAAAGCCUUCGUAUGCACAUUCAUUUUACUCAAAGGCAACGGAGAAACCCUACUUUACUUUGGAGGAUCUCAAUGUGAAAUCCGCACCGGUUGAAAGCCACUUUGGUGGAUAUUUGGGUGGAUAUGCUCCAUCUUAUAGGAAACCGAAAGCGGGAAAAUACCGAUUGUUGACACCACAGGUUACUAAACAGCCACCAGCUUCUUUAGGCAAAUUUAUACUGCCGAUCUUCCUUCUGCCUAACGCUUGGACGAAAGGUGUAAACCUCCAGGAAUCCGAGCAAGUUAAACCUGUUACCGAACAUUUAGAGGACGACUUGAAGUAUGACUUCCGCACAAAAACGCACUCAUUGCGUUGAAAAUUAGCUCCUAUUUUAAGGUCUUGUAAUAUGAAGUAGUCAAUAGUGUUUAAGUAAGUUUUGUUAAAAUAAACCGAAAAUUAUAUGUAAAA